CAGUUUCAUUUUGUGUCUAUUUCUUUGCAGCUGUUGCCUGCUGGGUUUGAUUUCCCAUCAUCAGGUUUCUGAAAAAAAUCUGCAUGCUUCCAGGACUCCAAUGGAAUAAAGUAAAGCCUAAACUGCCAGGGAGAGAGAAACGAGAAACCAGGGCAGCUCAGCUCAGAAGAAAAGGAAGAGGUUAAACACUAUAACUUUCACAUUGAAGUAGCUGUCUUUUUUUUUUUCUCACCCUGAAGGAUCUCUGCUCCAGAUCGGGUGACACCCUGGAGAUGGCUACAGAGAUCCUCAUGGCAGGCCCGGAGUGCCUCAUUGAGAACAUCAAUGGGCGUCUCAUGGUUAAUGUGGAAACUGCAAAGAUCCUGUCUGCCAUCACGCAGCCUGUGGUGGUGGUGGUUAUCGUGGGCCCCUACCGCACAGGCAAAUCCUACCUGAUGAACAAGCUGGCUGGGAAGAACAAGGGCUUCUCUCUGGGCUCCACGGUGCAGUCUCACACGAAGGGCAUCUGGAUGUGGUGUGUGCCUCACCCCAGGAAUCCAGACCACACCCUGGUUCUUGACACCGAGGGCCUGGGGGAUGUAGAGAAGGGAGACAACCAGAAUGACUCCUGGCUCUUUGCCCUGGCAGUUCUCCUGAGCAGCACCCUUAUAUACAACAGUGUGGGGACCAUCAACCAGCAGGCCAUGGACCAACUGCACUAUGUGACAGAGCUGACAGAUUGCAUCAGGGCAAAAUCCUCGCCUGGCACACAUGAGGUCAAAGACUCAGCUGACUUUGUAAGCUUCUUUCCAGACUUUGUGUGGACCCUGAGAGAUUUCUCCCUGGACCUACAAGCAAAUGGGGAACCCAUCACUCCUGACGAGUACCUGGAGAAUUCACUGAAGCUGAAGCAAGGUAAUGAUAAAAAAACUAAAAGCUUUAAUGCACCUCGGUUAUGUAUUCGAAAGUUCUUCCCAGAAAAGAAGUGCUUCAUCUUUGACCGCCCUGCUCAGAGGAAGUACCUUGUCCACCUGGAGCAGCUACCGGAAGAAGAUGUGGAUCCUGAAUUCAGAGAACAAGUUGAAGAAUUCUGCUCUUACAUCCUCAGCCAUUCCAAGGUCAAGACUCUCUCAGGAGGCAUCACAGUCAAUGGGCCUCGUCUGGAGACGCUGGUGCUGACCUUUGUCAACACCAUCAGCAGUGGGGACCUGCCCUGCAUGGAGAAUGCAGUCCUGGCCCUGGCUGAGAUCGAGAACUCGGCCGCAGUGCAAAAGGCCAUUGCCCACUAUGAGCAGCAGAUGGCCGAGAAGCUGCAGCUGCCCACGGAGACCCUGAAGGAGCUGCUGGACCUGCACAGGGCCAGUGAGAAGGAGGCCAUUGACGUCUUCAUGACCAAGUCUUUCAAGGAUGUGGACCAAGUGUUCCAAAACAGAUUAAUGGAACAGUUAGAAGCAAAACUCGAUGACUUUUGUGACCAGAACAUGAAAGCCUCCUCAGAUUACUGCAUGACUUUACUUCAAGAUAUUUUUGGGCCUCUGUAUGAAGAUGUGAAGCAGGGAACAUUCUCUAAACCAGGAGGUUUUCGUCUCUUUAUUCGGAAGAGGCAGGAGCUAAAGAAUAAGUACUAUCAGGCCCCCAGAAAGGGGAUACAGGCAGAGGAGACCCUGAAGACAUAUUUGGAUUCCAGGGAGGGAAUGGAUGCUGCACUUCUCCAGACUGAUCAGUCACUAACAGAAAAGGAAAAAGAGAUUGAAGUGCAAUGGAUGAAAUCUGAAUCUUUAGAAGCUGCAAACAAAAUUUCAGAGGAAAUGCAAAAGAAGCAUGAGCAGUUGAUGCAGGAGAAAGAGAAGAGUUUUCAUGAACAUAUGAAACAGCUGGCUGAGAAAAUGGAAAAGGAGAGGGCUCAGUUACUGGCUGAGCAAGAGAGGGUUCUUACGCUUAAAUUUCAGGAAAAAGAACGUCUUCUCGAACAGGGAUUCAAGAAGGAGAGCCUGAAACUUCUUAAAGAGAUGAAAGCUAUCCAGUUAAGAAACAGUGAAUCAUUCCCGAUGUGUAGCAUUCUCUAAAAAUCCAAGGAACAAAAUCCCCUAACCAGCUUCCAUCUGCUAAGAACAAGGUGAACAAGCAACUUCAAGAUGCCAAACCAUUGCCACUCAACUAAGCUUAAGACCUGUAAAGUCUGCAAGGAUGAAAUAAAUAGUGAAGGCAACAUGUUUCA